AUGUCGGCUGAAAAGCAAGACGAUGUCAUUGCGCCCGCACCAAGCACCAGCUCGGAGAGCAUCAACGGAAAGGUUGACCUCGAGAACGAUGGCGAGAUCUUCAAGCGAGGAGAGGGAUAUGAGGAUUUCCGAACGGUGUCCUGGGUUCACACCGCAGUCAUCUUCUUGAAGCGAGUCCUUACAAUCCCCAGCGCAAUGUAUACGCUCGGCGCCUUCCCCGGCGCCAUCAACGUGCUCGGCUGGCAAGCCCUCAACACAUGGUGCGCCCUCGUGCAAGGCCAAUUCCGGAACAACCACCCAGGCUGUCAUUCCAUCGCUGAUAUGGGUCAACUAGUCGGUGGCCGUAUUGUCAAAGAGAUCACCGGCGUCCUCUUCCUCGUCGCGUUCAUCAUCGUCGCGGCAUCGGGUAUUGUGGGUGUAUCGACAGCACUCAACGCGCUAUCCAACCACUCCCUCUGCACAAACUACUUUUCCAUCAUCGCGGCGAUCAUGGUAGGAACGUGUGCGAGUGUAAGGAAGUUUGAGAAGAUCGCGUGGGUUACGUGGGCGGGAUUUAUCUCUGUUUUCGUUGCUGUGUUCAUCGUCGUCGUCGGAGUAACAACCCUCGACCGCCCCGCCGCAGCCCCCCAAUCCGGGCCCUAUGAAUUCGGCUACCACGUAAUCGGCCACCCAACCUUCGCCGCAGGCAUCACAGCCGCCAGCACAAUCUUCUGUUCCGGCGCGGGUACCUCCGCCUUCCUACCCGUCAUGUCCGAGAUGCGCAACCCACGCGAAUUCAGCAAAGCAGUGAACUGGUGCAUGGGCCUCGUAACCGCCGCGUACCUCUCCUUCAGCCUUGUCGUGUACAAGUGGUGCGGAAAGUGGGUUGCGUCGCCUUCUCUCGGCAGCGCAGGACCCAUGGUGAAGAAAGUCGCGUACGGCAUUGGUCUUAUUGGACUUUGUGUUAGUGGCGCGUUGUAUGUGCAUGUUAGUGCGAAGUACAUCUUCGUCCGCAUACUGAGGAACUCGAAACAUCUUCAGGCCAACUCGCCGGUUCAUUGGGGUACGUGGCUGGGAUGUGUUACGGGUAUGACAAUUGUCAGCUUCCUCAUCGCAUCCGGCGUGCCGAUCUUCAACUAUCUGCUCAGUCUGGCGGGUAGUGUGGCGUUUGCGCCGCUGGCGUUGGGCUUACCUGGAUGGCUUUGGAUUUACGAUCAUCAGGGCUACUGGAAGGGGAACUGGUGGCAGAAGAUCAUGUAUGCGCUGCACGUUAUCUUGAUCGGCAUUUCGGUGUUCCUGACGAUCGGCGGCACGUACGGCGUUAUUGUCCAGAUCAUGGACGCGUACAAGGAUGGGUCAAUUGACUCGGCGUUCUCGUGCGCGGACAACAGUAACUCGUCUUAG